AUGGCAGUAUGUGAGACACAUCAACGUCAUCUCUACCUCAGGCGGGAGGCUCUGCAACAAGGUGCUGCUAUGAGCCACAGCCUUGGAUCUCCCGCCAAUAACGAGUCAUCUCUCUCCGUGCAUCUGGACUCCAUUGUUGGCCAGUCGUACCAAAACGGUCCAGGUGGAACACUAUGCGACUCUACUUUGUCUCCAAGUCCGAGUACGGCAGCCCAAACGACCAUUCCUGCUUGGACUACCGACGUUCCGGUCUGGAAUGCUCCUCUACGCCGAAUCUGGUCCAAGAUGGUGCUGCCGUUCCGGAACCCAGGUGCAGCUUUGCGCCGGCUUCCACGGCGACCGCUGCAGGCUUUGCCUGUAUCAAACAACCAACAAUGGGCCCAUGAUUUGCAGCCGCCCGCCCGUCCGACUUAUCUUGGUGGGCCCAAGAAGCGCGCAAGUUUACCUGACGCUCCGGCCGGUGUCCAAGGCGGGGGGAAGGAAUGA